AUGGUGCAUGUUGGGAGCAUGAUGGUUUGUCCAACUGUUGCUAAAGUACGGCUUGGCUUGGGAUCGAUGACCGCUUCGACUAAUGUUCCGAACUUGCAGGCUGCAACUCAUGGUCAUCUUCCCCAGCUCCAUUUCGCCUAUAGAUUUUAUCCUGAUAUUGAACAUGUAAAAAGAAGUCUUCUAAGAUUUUCGGGUAAAGGAGAUUCUGGUCAACCCAUAUGUGGUAGUUCAGAAGUCAUUGAACCUUUGCCAAAGCGUUUGAAGCUGGAAAAUCCUACUUCUUCCUGUUUGCCUUAUGGUGGUAUGUUUUGUGCAAUGGCUCCAUUGAAGGUUCAACAAAGUUUUACCAACCUUCCACCCUUGGUGCAGUCGCCAGAGUUUCUUGAAUCUUCUAAUUCUGAGAUUAUGGAGAUGAACACCGAACCGUUACCAAAGUUUAUAGAGAAGUCCACAGGUGAUAAAGAGAUUGGUGAGGAUUCAGAGGAGGUGAACACCGAAUGGCUAUCAAUGCUUAUGGAAGAUUCUUCAAGUGCUGAAGUGAUGGACAAGGAUGUAGUAGAUAGUUUUCCUAUAUCGGCUACAGAGCGUUUUCCUGGUACUCCAGAGGCAGUUACCGUUAGUUAUGAAGUAGGAGAAACUGAUGUAGUUGGGAAUAAUAAAAAAGAGGAUACCGACUUCGUAAAUGGUACUGAUAAUGCAGAUGAUGAAAGAGAUCACUUCAACAAAACGGAAACAAAGUUUGAGAGUAAAAAACAAAGAGGUGUGGCCUUAAUAGAAAAUUUCACAGCACAGCAAAUAAAGGAGCAUAUAUCAACUCUCAGAAAGUGCAUUGAUAAGGAUCUUGGAAAGAAAGAAAGGGAAAACGGAAACGGGAUCAGCAAAGUUGAAAGUAAUGAUCCGUGCCAGUUGUGUGGAGCGGCUAAGCUUUCACUUUCUCCUGCACCGAUAUAUUGCUCGUCAUGUUGUAUCCGUAUCAGACGCGAUGCAAUGUUUUAUAGAAUACCUGAAGUGAUACCUGAAGCAAAUGGCAUUUAUCUUUGUUCCACAUGCUAUAAGGCAUCUCGGUCUGAGUGUAUCACAGCUUCUGGGAGAUCUGUUUCGAAGUCAAAGCUAAUUAAAAUAAAGAAUGACGAUGAACCAGAAGAAUGGUGGGUUCAGUGUGAUAAAUGUAAAUGUUGGCAACACCAGAUAUGUGCUCUCUUUAAUGAGAAAAAAAAUAAGGAAGGAAAAGAUUUUAUCUGCCCAAAAUGCUGCUUGAAAGAAAUUGAAAACGGAGAACAGAUGCCCCCAACAGUGAGUACUGUUUCCGGUGCAAAAGAUCUGCCGCGAACCAGACUCAGUGACCACUUAGAGCGAAGGCUGUCUAGGUGUCUUCAGAAAAACAGGCAAGAGAAGGCAAGGGCUACAGGAAUGAGCAUUGAUGAGGUUCCUGAAGUAGAAGGUCUUAUUGUCAGGGAGGUUUUAUCUGUUCAGAAACAUGUAAAAGUGAAUGAGAAGCUUUUAGAUAUACUUAAGGAUCAGAAUUACCCUGCCGAAUUUCCAUACAAGUCAAAGGUUAUUCUUUUGUUUCAGAUUAUUGAAGGGGCAGAUGUAUGCCUUUUUAUCAUGUAUGUUCAAGAGUAUGGUGCAGAAUGUAGUCGACCAAAUCAACGCAGCGUUUAUAUAUCGUACCUUGAUUCUAUUAAGUAUUUUAGGCCCGAAACAGAAACUGCUGCUAGCGGAGUAGCUCUUCGAACUGUUGUUUAUCACGAAAUAUUGGUAGGAUACCUUGACUACUGCAAGAAAAGGGGAUUUGCAACUUGUUACAUAUGGGCCUGUCCACCUAGGAAAGGCGAAGAUUAUAUCUUGUAUUGCCACCCAGAGGAUCAGAAAAUACCGAAGUCUGAUAAGCUGCGGCAGUGGCAUAAGACCAUGCUAAAAAAGGCUUCUAAAUCUGGCAUAGUGGUCGAUGUGACAAACUUCUAUGAUCAACUUUUCUCCACUGGGAAAUACAACACCAAGGUGACAGCUGCUCAUUUGCCAUAUUUUGAUGGUGACUAUUGGUCUGGUGCUGCCAACGAUGUGAUAAAACAAAUCAAGAAAGACUCGAAAAAUAUGAGCAUGAAAACUGUGUCAAAGAGAACAUUGCAAGCCAUGGGACACACAAAUCCAUCUGGUCAUGGCAUUAAGGAUCUUCUGCUGAUGCAGAAGCUGGGCCAAAAUAUAUUACCUAUGAAGGAGGAUUUCAUCAUUGCUCACCUGCAGUUCGUCUGUGUAUGCUGCCAUAAAGCCACUUUAAACGGAUGCCGAUGGUCUUGCCAUCUGGGUAAAAGCUUUCAGCUUUGUGGAAGGUGCCAUGGUGCAAAACAAAGAACCUACAAGGAUUCCACUCACACUUUAUUGAAUGGUGAAAAACAUUCACUCCGUCGGAACAUGGUGGAUGAUGUUCUUUCUGAUACUGACGAUAAAGAUGUCUGCAUGGAUAAUGGUCUAUUUGAAGAUAGGUACAAGUUUUUAUUCUUCUGUCAGAAGAACAACUAUCAGUUCGACACGCUUCGUCGGGCCAAGCAUACCUCGAUGAUGAUCCUAUAUUACCUUCACAAUCCGGAAGCGUUGCUUGCUACUACCAACUGCUGUAUUUGUAACAAGGACACACCAAUAGGCCAGUGUUGGCACUGUGAGACCUGUUCUGAAUUUUUUGUUUGUGCUGCAUGUUAUCAACGAGACGGUUGUUCCUUGCACACUCAUAAGUUGACUCCUCAUUCUUCCGCCAUUGAUUCUUCGUCUGAGAACAGAGAGAUCAGAAGACGGAUAAAUUAUCGGAAGCGCUGGAACUCUUGCUACAUGCCGCUCGAUGUCGCUCGCUCUGCUCCGACUCCAAUUGCCGUCUCAUGA